AAACAUCGACGGAUCGACUGAAUUUAUAAAGAUUGAAAUAAGAAAAUAAGAGAGAUAUAUUCAAAAUACAGAUCUCAUUUCCACAGGCUACAUCUUUUACUUAGAAACUAAAUUUAAAUAUAAAAUACACCAAAUAGCAAUAUGACCGUGAACAACACUAUUGCACAUCAACGGUUGGUUUUAAGUGGAGAUCGCGAAAGGUUCAGAGAACUAUUAAGGAGACGAUUAAUCGAAUGUGGUUGGAGGGAUCAAGUUAGAAUGCUAUGCCGAGAAGCCGUAAAGGAAAAUGAAAACAGCAAUGUCACAUUUGAUAUGUUGGUUACUAAAGUGACUCCUCGCGCUCGUGCGCUAGUCCCAGACACUGUAAAGAAGGAAUUGCUUCAAAAAAUCAAAACAUACCUUCUUACUCAGAAAGAUCAAUAGGUCCAUUUUGUCAACCGAAAUGGAUUAUUUAUUACAUUAAGUUGCUUUACUCAGUGAUUUAUAUAUAAAUUCUAUUAUAAUUCUACUUAAUUUUAGGUGAAGUAAUUGAUUUUAUCAGUGCUGUAGAAUAUAAACCUUAAUUUUAAAUUGUACUAUUAAAACCACUAUUUCUAUAA